AUUUUCCCCAGCUCAGGAGGGAGGGCGGAGACAGGAAUACUCCGAGUUAUAGAAUUAAAUUAGGCAGAUUAGUGAAUGACGUUGGGAGUUUAUUGAGAACUGUAGCGCGUCAAGGAUUUGGAAAAGGCCAUUCAGCGGCUGCACAAACUAAAUUUCUAUAUGAAUAAUUGCGUAUAAAUAUAUUUUGGAGCCUAAUAUUUAUUGAGCGAGAAAUACACAGAUGAGUCCAGGAUACUGAUUGGAGUUGACAAGCCCGCUCCACUCUCCCACCCUCUUUUCGCCCAAACCAGGAAAUUAACGAGUUGAAAUCCUUGCACUUCCCUUGAAUAUAUAAGAAACUAUUUCUAGAAAAUAGGAAAAAAAGCUUUUGGAGUGAGGUUAUUCGAUGAAUAACUCAUCGACAUUGUCGCGUUUGGGGUUUUGUUUUGGCUGUAUUUUCGUCUGAAGGCUGUCCAGAAGAGAGACGAUCUACAGAGUCGCUAGACAAUGAGUGAGUCCAGUAUUUGUCAGGCAAGGGCCACGGUAAUGAUCUACGAUGAUGCCAAUAAGAAAUGGAUUCCAGCAGGCACAGGCCCCCAGAACUUCAGCAGAGUACAGAUCUACCAUAACCCCAGCAACAACACCUUCCGAGUGGUGGGACGAAAAAUGCAGACUGAUCAGCAGGUGGUGAUGAACUGUCCAAUUAUGAAGAGCCUAAAAUAUAACCAAGCCACACCCAACUUCCACCAGUGGCGGGAUGCACGCCAGGUUUGGGGCCUCAAUUUUGGCAGCAAAGAGGAUGCUACUCUAUUUGCCACUGGCAUGAUGCAUGCACUGGAGGUCCUCAGUGCCAUGCCUGACAUGGGAUAUUCCACACUUCCUCGGCCUGUGUCAAAUGGACCAUCCCAAGAGGAAGUGGACCAGCACAGAAGAUUGGAACAGCAGAGACUGGAGCAACAGGAAAGGGAACAGCAGGAGAGAGAACGUCAAGAGAGGGAGCGGCAGGAGAGAGAACGACUGGCUGCUUCAAUAAUGGCUCCACCUGCUCCACCUCUGGCCUCUGGAGGUCCCCCAGCACCUCCAGUGCCCCCACCUCCUCCUGGGCCUCCUCCCUGUGGGCCCCCUCCACCUCCAGGCCCCCCUCCAUGUGGAGGGGGAGCCCCUCCACCUGCACCUCCACUUCCCACUUCUGUAAGUGGAUGUGGUGAUGGAGAAGGACUAGGAGGAGGUGGUCUUGCUGCUGCACUGGCAGGAGCCAAGCUCCGCAAAGUACCCAAGACAGAUGAUGGUGGUGGUGCACCUACUGUUCCAGCUCCUGCAUCCACUUCCAAGCAAGAUGUCAGUCGCAGCAGUGCUUCCAUGCCCACUGGGGGAGGAGAUCUAAUGGGGGAGAUGAGUGCAAUACUAGCAAGACGGAGGAAAGCUGCAGACAAAGGGGAGAAAGCCCUUCCAGUCCCAAAGACAGAAGAGCCUAGUAAUGAUGAUUCUGACUCUCAAGGUCAAAGUGACACAGUGAGGAGACCCUGGGAGAAAUCAUCUGGCAUUCCCAGGAAUAAUUCUUUGACCAGAGGUCUGGAUUCUCCCUCCUUCACUUCCAUGCCUUCCAGACUGAAAGCUGCAGGUUCAUCAAAUGAGGUUGAGAGUGGAGAAGAAUCUGAGAUGGAGAGAAUCAAACAAGAACUGUUGGAAGAGGUUAGGAAAGAGCUGCAGAAAGUCAAGGAUGAAAUCAUUGAAGCAUUUAUUCAAGAGUUACAGAAGAGAGGCUCUACAUAAUCCUAUGGCAGUGAAGGGGACAAACUCUCUCUUUAGUAACCCAGGGAUAUAUACACACACAGACACAAUUAUAAAAUAUGCAGGGACUCUAUCUGUGAAUGAGCACCACUCAGCUCAAAAUUAUUUCAGUCACAAUCCUUAUUAUCUUACUGUGUGGUAUGGACUCUUUUCUUAUAACCUUUAUGGUCAUCCCAGCUUUUCAUCCUCAUGGCUUACAAAUAAUUCCAUCUAUCCCCCACUGAGAGCAGUUCACGCCAACUUCUCUUGUGUUAAGAAAUCAUGUAUAUUCAUCAUUCAAGUUACUGUAAUAUGCUGAUGUGUGACGUUCUGCCUAUAUUCUGUUCAGGCCAUUGGUUAUGACCCCAUCAGAGCGUAGCAGCAAGAAAGACGAGCAGAAUAGUCCCUGGUUUCUUGUGUGGAGCUUGAGUUGCUUAUCCACAGCUCUUAAUUUCCACUCUAUGCACGCCAUGUAACAGCCACACAGAGCAUUUUCUGAUCAAGUAGGCACACUCUGGAGUUCUCUUUCACCUGUUAAGGACACUAGUGAUUAAAUGGAUUGCAUCACUCAUUAUAAAGAGGAAAUAUUAAAUCAGUAAAUGUGAGAUUGCAUGAGAUUACCUCUAGACCCAUGACUCUACUCUUUAUGCUAUAUUGUGCUCGUUCCUAUGCAGUGUCCUUUUAAUUAUAUCUAUCAUUUAGAAUUUGAAUUAAAUAGAUAAACUAGAAAUACUACAAUGUCCAUGCCAAACUGCCUUGACUAUAUAUACAGCACACACUGAAAAAUAUUUUUGAACAUUUUAAAACAUUUCUAUUUUCUAUGAUGAUUGGUAAAAGGGUUUUGUGAUUUGUUAUAUUUUCUUUAGAGAGAUUGGGUUUCCUGUUUAGCUUUUUAUAGAAUAUAAGAUUUUUACUCUGAAAUCUGAAAUAUAAACAAAUGCAUUAGACACUGGAUUAGAUAUCCCUUUAUUGUCAAAUACAGCUAUUGCUGCAUCUACUGCAA